AUGUCGUCUCCACCAUGGGACUACAUCGCUAAACUCGUCUGCAUUGGCGACUCGGGCUGCGGCAAGUCCAGCCUCACCAUCCGUCUCUGCGAGGGCCGCUUCUCUCCUCAUCACGAUGUGACCAUCGGCGUUGAGUUCGGCUCCCGCAUCGUCCCUGUUGGCCCACCCAACGCCCUCCCUCCCGCCCAUACCGUCCCAGCGUCGUCCGCCGCCCAGAAGACCAAGGAGGAUGGCACAGCCACGUCCAACGGUCUCCCCGAGCCUCCACGCCUCCCCGAACCGGCGGCCGCCGACGGGCCCCAGAAGCAUAUGAAGCUCUCCCUCUGGGACACGGCGGGGCAGGAGACGUACAAAUCUGUCACGCGCUCCUACUUCCGCGGCGCUAGCGGGGCCCUCCUCGUUUUCGACCUUAGCCGCAAGCAGACCUUCCAGCACGUCACUGACUGGCUCAACGACCUUCGCCAGAUCGCCGAGCCCGACAUCGUCGUCAUUCUCGUCGGCAAUAAGGCUGACCUCACCCAGGAUGAGAAUAACAAGCGCGAGGUCACCAAGGAGGAGGCCGAGGAAUGGGCGAAGAGGAAUGGCGUCUUUGAGUACGUCGAGACGAGCGCCAAGAGCGGCGAGAACGUCGAAAAGGCCUUCAUGAGGGUCGCUGAGAGGAUAUAUAACAACAUCCAGGCCGGCAAGUAUGACCUCAAUGACCGGAGGUCGGGUGUCAAGGGGCCCGGCGCCGGAGGGGGUAGGCAGAUCAAGGUAGGAAGCGACGCACACAAGGGAUCGGGCGGUGGCUGUUGCUAG